CCUGCAUAACGUGAUCACUCACCAGCAUCGCUACUGCACCCGCUGCCAAAUAAAGCCCCCCAUAUUAAUUGGCUUUUACACUGCUCACUCUCCCAGCUCCUCUCCACUGUCUCCCACUCUCCUACAUGCUUUCCCUGCAAUUGUGCCUCCCCAGAAGCACCAGAGACAUAUACCUCUGCUGUCUGACACCCAAACAUCUGUUCAUUCAAAACUCCUCCCCGUUAUUUGCUGCCAGCACCCCCAUUCCAUUGCUCCAUACAGAGAGGGAGGUGAGGAAGCAGUGGGAACAAUGAUAUUCUCCCAAAUUGCCCCCCCCCACUUACAUUGUACCCUAGGCACCUGACUACCUGUAGUUCUGGCCCUACCCCCCAUGUAUGUUGUUUUAAUGGAGACUUCAAUGCCUCAGUCAUAACACACCUGUGCAACAAGCAGGUAGAAAAGACAGAUUACCAUCUAAGUACAAGAAAGUGUGUGCUUCAACCACCUUUCAAAGACCCUUUUCGGGGAGAGUGCAGAGCAGUUCAAAGACCCUUGCCAGGUGGUCAAACAUAUAAUAGAGAAGAAAUCACUGCAGCACCUCUUUGUUGCAAAAGUGAUAAAGUUGUGUUUAUUUGGUCAGUAACCAACAGGCAACGUUUUGGGCUAAAUCUUGCCUUUUCUCAAGCCUUGGCUCAAGUAAAAAAAACACAUCUUUUUCACUUUUGCAACAGAAAGGUUACCAUCUGCCACAGCAUUACUUCUGGUGAAUCACAUGCAGGGAUUGAAUGGGGUUUUAUAGUUUUUGUUACGCAUUGAUUGGAGACGGCAAUGGAGAGAUAAAAACUUUUAAUAGGGCAAGCUUCCCAUAAUGGGUGAAAUAUUUAUUAAUAUGACCAUUGGCUCUAUGGCUGAUGAAUGAGUAUAUUUCACUUAUAUCUAGGUCAAAGUGAAAUAUUUCCCAAUUCACCCAAGUGUUUGUUUAAUAGAAAAACCCCUGGAGAAAAAUGGUUGUAAAAGAGUUGAGCAAGAAAAACACCAUAGAAUAUGAUGCCUGCAAGGCCACCAAAAGCAGUCCCACUGUGUGUUUGUAUAAAAUGUAAGCUUAGACUUGUUAAGAGAGAUGUUUAUAAUUGGUUUCAUAAAAUCCUAUAUUGUUUUAAAAGUCUUGUGUAGCUCAGAUUAGAUUAUGGAACCAAAAUGAUAGUUCAUAUGUAUCCCAAUGCAUCACUCUAUGCACUAUACACUGUAAGGCUCAAGCAGCCUCAUACCAUGCAGGUCCCAACUGUCACUGAUGACCAGUAACUGGACCAGUUCACUUCCUGACUUUGUGCCAGUGAGGAGCUUAAUUCCUAGGAGCCUACUCUUUGGAGAUUUGGCAAUUAUUUUUCAUUAGAGAGAGAGAGAGAGUGAGAGUGAGAGAGUGAGAGAGAGAGAGUGAGAGAGAGAGAGAGCGAGAGAGAGAGAGAAACUUCAUUUUAGCAGGAAAGUAAGAAGAAAAGGAAAAGAAGAAUCUGCUGAGAAGAAGACAACAUGGAUUUGAAGAGGAAGAGAAGCAGUGGUCCAGAGGAGGAUUUCUCUGGAAAAAUAAGGCACUGCGAGAAGACAUUAAAUGCAGAAGAAGAACGGUGUAUAAAGAAGAGAUCAAGAAGCCCGGAGGAGUACUCAGCUGAUGGAAGAGAAGAGAAAAGGAAUAGAGUGGAUGCAAAAACACCACCGCCACUCAGUAUUACAAACUACAGACUCGUGAAACAGCUGGGGAAAGGCAACUUCGGCAAAGUGAUGUUAGCCUCGUAUGCCAUAAAGGACCAACUUGUGGCAGUCAAAAUCAUGCAGAAGAAAACUGGGAAGGAAUUCAAAUACGUCAGAAGAGAAGCCCAGGUUCUACAGUUAGGCAAAGAAUGCCCAUUUCUAUGCCAGGCAUUUACAACCUUUCAAACUCAGGUACAGAAUAGUAAAUGUAAUUUAUAG